CUCGCCCCAUUGUAUGAUUUUGCAAGUUCGCCACUCCUACUUCCAUCCAUCAUCAACGGGAAAAGCCCCUCGUCUCCUACAUUUCCCCCCUCAAACAAUGACUCUUCAAAAAACAAUAGCAGCUGAUGAUGUUAACGAGCUCUAUAGUUUAAUUGAGCGGGACGAAAAUCUCUUAGAUCAUGGAUCCGAGAGCCCCUUCCCAAAUACUCCACUACACGACGCCGCCAACCAGGGGAAAACAAAAGUGGCCAUGGAGAUAGCAAUCUUGAAGCCGUCGUUCGCUCGAAAGCUGAAUCGAGGGGGUCACAGCCCCAUGCACUUGGCUUUGCAAAAGAAGCAUUAUCACACUGCGAGGGCACUAAUGACCCUCGACCCCAAGUUGAUCCGAGUCCGAGGGCGAGGCGGGAUCACCCCCUUGCAUUUUGUAGCUAGGGAAAAAGGAGACAAUGAGCAGGACAACGUGGACCAGCUAGAACUCCUGGCUGAAUUCCUAUUCGCUUGCAAAUCGUCCAUCGAAGACUUGACAAGCCAAUGCGAGACUGCGGUUCACGUUGCCGUCAAGAAUCACAACACCAAAGCAUUCGAGGUUUUGUGUGGAUGGCUUAAGCGAGUCAAUCUAACACAAAUCUUGAAAUGGAAAGACCAAAAUGGUGAAACUGUCCUACAUAUUGCUGUGUCUGGAGAGCAGCAACCUGAGAUCAUCAAGCUAUUGAUUGGGUAUACGAAUGUUCAUGCGAAGAACUUACAGGGCAAGACGGCUCUGCAAAUCUUCCUAGAGAAUCCUAAUCGCAAUCAAGAUGUUGAGAACAGGUUACGCCGUCAAGAACAUCGAGCAAGAUGUUCUACUCCUACCCUCUCACUAUCAAAGUAUUUUAGCAUGGAACUAACUGUGUUCGAGAAGUAUGCAGGGUAUUUUGGCACCCAAAAUGAAAAUGUUCGCGAAAUACUCCUUAUAGUGUCUACCUUAAUUGUGACUGCCACUUACCAAGCCGCUUUCACUCCUCCGGGAGGAUAUUGGCAGGAUUCCUCUUCAAAUACCACGGCUAAUUCCACUGUCGUUACCACCAAUUCCAGCAGCAUUGCUAUUGGAAAACCUCAUCAUGCCGGAAACCUGAUCUUGAGCGGCAAGAGUCUAUUGGUGUUUACUAUCGUCAACAGCUUAGUUUUUACCGCCUCCAUCGGCACGGUCUGGGCCACCGCUAUUACACUAUACCCUGACACUUUAACGGUUUACUUGUCUCUAUGCCUUCUCAGCAUUGCCUACUUUGUUUUUGUUACAAUCGAAAUACCGAAAUCCGAUAAGCUCAUAGCAAUGAUCCUAGGUGGAUUUUAUGAGUGCUCGUUAGCCACCAUGUUGCUCCUCCCCGCAUACGUGUGGUUCAAGCACAACCGAGUUCUAUCCCGAAUCGAUGCCACAAGGAGACGCGUCGGCGGCUGGCUAGGAUCAGAGGAUCGGAAAUAAUUCGCAAGUAUUAUGUACUUUCACUAUUCCUGUUGCGUGUGAGGUUUACAAGAA